AUUUUAUUUUAAUCGUGUUAUCAAUGUUAAUAUGAAUUUAAAUCUUUUCAUUUUUAUUGAAUUUUUAAAUUAAUUUUAAGCGUGAGAACUGAGUUUUUACCGUGUUUGUUGUGCAGAACAUGUUUAAAUGCUGCUGAAGCUCCUGCUUUGUUGUUCUCCAGCCAAACUGUUGAAAACUUACUGGCGUCUUCCUUAGCCAAUAGGAACGCAGCACUAUGAGCCCUCACAUGUCACCCAGCCAAUAGGCGCGCAGUGGGCGGGGCUUCGUUCCCGGCUAACGUAAGCGUUGUUUGUAGGAAGAAGAAGCCGAUUCUGGAAGCCAUUACGCUGCGCUCAUAAAGUGAGCAAAUCGUACUAUUUUUGCGUACAUUACGCACGUUUACCUCCGUCAGGAGCGUCUCCCGCAGGUAUGGCUUCGGCCGCCAAGAAGAGGAAGAUGAAUUUCUCGGAGCGGGAGGUGGAAAUCAUCGUGGAGGAAAUAGAGAAGCAGAAGCAGACUCUGGUGAGCCACUUCAACGCGGGAGUCACGCACAUGGCCAAGAACAACGCCUGGAUGGACAUCCUGAAGAAGGUGAACGCCGUCACCACCUGCCCGCGCGAGCUGCCCGAGGUCAAGAAGAAGUGGUCCGACAUGAAGACCGAGGUCCGCCGGAAGGUGGCCCAGGCCCGGGCCGCCAUCGAGGGCACGGCCGCGGACUGCGCUCCGGUCCCGGUCAUCCUCACCGCCAUGCAGCAGCGGAUCUGCAACCUGCUGGGGGAGGCCACCAUCAUCAGCUUACCGGCCGGGGACCCGGAGGCGGAGAUCAGCCUGCCGGUGGCGGUGAGCGCCGCGACCACCGUCACCCUGACGGAAGCUCUUCCAGGACCAGCAGGGGGCGUCUGUGAGGAGCCCAAACCGCUGACUGCUGAAACCACGUACCACGCCCUGGAGGACGGCGGCGUGGUGGAGUACUGCACCGCCGCCGCUGUGGGAGACUCCGCCCCCGCCGUGAUGGCCACCGUGGAGACGCCGGUGGAGAUGCUAGCGCCGUCGCUAGCCUCGCCGGCGCCGCCGCAGGCCAAGCCGCAGGAGCUGAAGAGCCGCAUCGCCCUGAACUCGGCGCGCCUGCUGCAGGAGCAGCGCGUCACCAACGUCCACAUCCGCCAGAUCGCGCAGCACCUGGAGGGGCAGAACGAGCUGCUGCAGGUGAUGCGGCGCUGCCAGGAGGCGCAGGCACUGGCGCAGGAGCGGCAGGCGCAGGCGCUGGAGGGGACGCAGGCCGCGCUGCUGGCGCUGGUCCAGAUGCUGCGGCCCGCGCUCAAAGACCUCAGGAAGUUCCUGCAGAGCGGGGCGGAGCCGGCGCCCGCGGCAACGGCGGCGCCCACAGCAACGACAGCGCCCGCGGCAACGGCAACUCCGCCUGUCGGCACCGCAGAGGAAGAACAGAGCAGGUGUAAAAGUCCUGCUGCAGCACCGCAGCAACCCGAUCCGCUGGAGGAGACACACUGACCCAAAACCGGUUCUGACCCAGUUCUGACCCGCGGGAGGAGACUCACUGACCCAAAACUGGUUCUGACCCGGUUCAGACCCAGUUCUGACCUGCUGGAGGAGACAUACUUGCCCAAAACUGGUUCUGACCCGGUUCAGACCCGGUUCUGAGCCGCUGGAGGAGACACACUGAGCCAGAUCCGAUUCUGACCCGGUUCAGACACAAUUCUGGCCUGGUUCUGAGCUUUUUCUUAUCUGCUCUGAUCCGGUUCUGACUCGCUGGAAGAGACUCACUGAGCCAGAUCCAGUUCUCAAUCGGUUCUGACCCGGUUCUGAUGCUCAGCCUGGUUUUACAGGUUACAGACAGGAAGCUGCAGUGCUGCUGUUGCUCCACUGGGGGCGCUGUGUCCCUACAAGCUGUGUUUUUUUAAUUCAUGCAGUUCUGUUUGGGUCUGAAGACAUUAAAUCAUUUUUAAUAAAUAAAA